AUGUGGACCGGGCGCCCCUUGCCGCUGCCAGGCCGCGGACGGCGCGCCGCCUACGGCCGCGGCAUCGACGCUUACGUAAUGCUGCUGUUUGUGCAGCUGGCGCAGCAGAUCCACCAGAUGGAGAACAAGCCGCCCGUCACGCUGGCGCUCAUGGCGGCCAAUGCGGGUGUGUACUUCCGCGAUCUGCUGCCAGAACCCCUGCAACAGUUGAUCCCGCCCCUGCGGCGUGCAUGCCUGCAGCCCGCGGCCGUGCUGCAGGGCGGCCAGUGGUCGCGGCUGUUCUGGAGCGCCUGGGUGCAUGCGGACGAGGGCCACCUCUACUACAACCUGUCCUCCCUGCUGUGGAAGGGCGCGCGCCUGGAGCGGCGGCUGGGGCCGGCGCGCUUCGCGGCGCUGACCGCGGAGCUGCUGCUGCUGUCGCAUGGGCUGGUGGUGGCGGGAUCGUGGGCGCUGGCGCAGGCGAUACCAGAGUACAGGGGCAUGUACCUGUCCACCUGCGCCGUCGGCUUCUCCGCCGUGCUGUUUGCCUUCAAGGUGGUCCUGAACCACGACGACCCGACAUACAGCAGCGUCAUGGGCUUCACGCUGCCCACAAAGUACAUGGCCUGGGCCGAGCUGGUCCUGGCAUCAGCUUUCAACCCGCAGGCGUCCUUUUUCGGGCACCUCUGCGGGAUCCUGGCUGGGGUUGUACACGUGCGGGGCGCGGCAGCGCUGCGCAGCGGCGCGAGUGGGCAGCGGUUGCUGCGGCGCGUGGCGGCGGCUGUCGCGAGGGUAGUGGGCGGGGCGCACCAGCCGAGGUUCGCAGGCGGAGGCGUGAGCGGCAGGGCGGCGCCCAGGCCGCCCGCGCGGCCGGUGCAGGCACAGGAGCCGCCCGAGCGGUUGCCUGCGGCGCGGCUGCCCACCUCGCCGGUGCCAGGCGCAAUGCCUGCGGCUGCAGUGGGGCGUCAGGCUCCGGCUGUGAUCAGCAUGGGCAGUGGUCACGUCACGGGGGGCGUCGCAGCCGUGUCCGAGGAGGAGCUGCGUCAGCGGCGGCUAGCGCGCUUCCAGCGCUGA